AUGGCCACCUUCUUCCCGCCCGGGGCGCCCAACAACGGCUCGGCUACUGCCGAAGUGUUACAGUGCGAAUGGCAGGAGCCGCCCUGCUCGGAAUUGUUUCCGGAUCCUGAGGCCCUCUACCGCCAUCUUUGCGAUCGCCAUAUUGGGCGCAAAUCGACUGGAAACCUCACCCUUCGCUGCCAUUGGAAGAAUUGCGAAACAGUUUGCGUCAAGCGAGACCAUAUUACCAGCCAUUUGCGAGUCCAUACACCUUUAAAACCUCAUAAUUGUGAUGUAUGCGGCAAAGCUUUCAAGCGACCCCAAGAUCUCAAGAAGCAUGAAAAGAUCCACACAGAGGAGCAUCACAUUCAUCACAAGCACUCCAAAGCAGCCAAGGCCCCUGUCUUCUGUCCAGCCAAUUACACGAAUCGCCACUAUGCGCCACUUCCCCAGCAUGCCCAAGCUCAACAGUCCCACAACAGUAUCUCCUCGUCAGCUAGCCCGUUUGAGUUCAGCAAUCCUCAACGCCCCAAUCAAUUUGCUUGGCCCUCAGUCCGUCACUUGGUCCAACAGCAGCAAGAUAUGAACGAAUCCGUUGCCAUCCAUGGUCUCGCACAGGCAGCUGCCGAACAAGCUUAUCACUCCGUACUGGCCAGCUCAACCUCCAGCUCUCAAAAUCUCUUGAGUGGCGCUCCAUCUGCGACUGGGCCCAUGUUUCCUAACACAGCCACAUACGCCACACCUAUACCCGCAGUCACCACCGCGAACCAUAUGUCUAUGACCAACAACCCCCUUGCACCCGCUUCUAGUCUCGAUUCCUCCCGACGGCUUGGCUCGACUGGGGUCGAUUUGAGCUAUCCAUCCCUGCAGAUGCUGGGUCGUCCCCAUAAUAGUAUCUCGGGUGCUGCUUCGAUGGGCUCGAUUCCCGAUUGCCUAUCUGAUCAAGGACUCUCGCCCAACUUCCCACAAGACUCUAGUAGCUACACUCGAUCUAGCUUUAGUUCGUCUCAACAUGACCCAUUUUCAUCUGCAGGCCAGCCUUCUGAUACCACUCGAUCUCAACCGGGCGACGACCUGUUCCAGAGCUUCUGCGCUCCUCGUCAAUCAUUCAGCGCUCAGCCUCCCCCCGCUGUCGGAGGUCACAAGCGGGAUUAUGAUGAAGCUGUCUAUGACUUGAUUUCGAGAUGCAAGCGAAGCAAAUUCGAGGAGGAUUCAGACGAGACCAUCGCUCGAUUAGCCAAGUUCCUAUGCCCAGACGUCAAUCUCAACCUUCCCUCAUUGGAUUCACACAGCUCCUCUGAUGCGUCCUCGCCAGUCUCCUCGCCCCAUCCUUACCCGGCUGAUCCGAGCUCUUCUCUUAGUCCACCUGCCGACUUUGAUUGGCUUGCGGAAAAGGCUGAGACGGACAAGCUGACUGACUUGUUAGCCCACAUUGGGAGCGAGAUCGAGUCGUCGACGGCCGCGAUGUUCGGACCAUCGUGGCCAGACAUCCUAUCAUUCAACACCUCCUUGCCGGCCGACCAGCCCCCAGUGAAAAGACCGUCGAUGUCUUCAUUUUCCAGCGCUCCUCUCAAUCAGUUCCCGAACCCUGAAGUUGAUCAUGUUCCCCAGUUUCAUGCUGCCCGCCUCCCCUCAAACCCGCCCUACGCAUCUAUGCCUCCGGCUACUGCUUCAUCCAAUUACCCAACCUUACCGACCUUCCACUCGGGUUAUCCAAACCUUCAGCGACCGCCGGCCGACUGCCAAAUGCGAGUUUCCAAACCGCUUGCGCCACCCGAGCUUUCGGCCGUCUCCCAUUACUCCGCGUCGAUGGGUAUUCACAAAGUGAACCCCCUCCAACGCGCCAUGCCAGUGACUACUCACACGCCGGCCUUGGAUCCCAUGCUUCAGUCGUCGGACCCGAAACCGGCAGACCAGACCGAGUUCCCGAGCGACGGCGUAGAUUCAAGUUCUGCACGUGUGAGCAUCGACAAGAGUCUCGAGUUGGCCCCGAUGGGCGCCGGCAAGUCGAAGCCGUUAUCUGGAACGACCUUACCACCGCUCCGGGCCUUGUUUGGCGACUCUGACCGAGGUUCGUCGCCGGUCAGUGCGGUCUCGCCCCCAGGCUCGCCAGCUCAUUUCGGGAGCUUCGUGCAAGCUGGCCGCAGCACGAUGGGCGGGCCGAAAUCGAUCUAUCCCUCGUUGAUGAAUCUGACAGCGAGUUUCAGUCGGUCCGGGCAGGAGAAGACUGCGGGCGACAAUACGGAGACAGCAGACUCGCUGGUGCCCAGCGUGCGUGGCAUGAACCUUGCGUCUCGCAGGGCGAGUGUGGCUUCACUGAGGUCUACCUCGUCGCCGUCGGUGCCGGAGGAAUGGGUGAACGAGAUUGAGGAGGAGACAGAUACGGUGCGAGAGGAAGGAGACUCAGACUCGGAGGGAUGCGAUGAAGGGGGCCAAAGUGUGCCGCACCACAAGCGAUUCCGACUCUCGCCCGGCUCGACGCGCCGCUCCACGCCCUCCCUGGCUGCAUCGUCCAUCCAGAGCCUCACUCUUAACCUCUCGGGUCACGACAAGGAUGCGCUCGAGCAGACCGGCAAGCAACUCAGCCUCAUUCACUCCCUCAUCAUCCGCAUCAACGAGGCCCACCGCCAGACUAUCCUCGCCCGAUCCACCACCCGGCUCCCGUCCGCCUAUCCCUUCUGCCCCUCGCCUAACCAGCUCGCCGCCCGGAAGGAGAGCGUCAUGUCCCCUGCCGUCGACAAUGACGAUGACGAUAACCAGUCUGACUGCUCUGAAGUCACCAACGUCGUCUGA